AUGUCUGAUGCAGAAUGCCCCGCGCUGAAACCGCGACCCGGGGCACACAGGAUGCCUGCAAUGGAAACUGACACCAUCAUCAUCGGGAACGGGCCAUCGGCUAUGAUCCUGUCAUUUAUUCUCCAUGGUCAUCUCCCGUACUAUUCCAUAGAUCGUCCGCAUCCUGACCCUCUGCUCCAUGCAAAGCUAAAGGACAAACCGGAAUUACUGGAUGCGGAUGUAAGGGCUUUGACCGACCAUUUCUAUGCCUCUCGAUUGUCGUACUCGACGCAAGCUCUCCCAGUAAACGUUCUGCUCGACACACUCGUCCGACCGAGCAUCGACGUAGAUGAGGGAGAGGGUGAAACAAGAGCUGAGUGGCGAUACGUGCCUGAAAAAGCCGUCCCACACUUGGUAUUCGGCAAGGCGCCGAAGGCUGGUGGUCAAUGGACCGACAACCUGGUAUUCGCUAGCUGGGAUAUUCAAACUUUGAGCUAUGCGUCAAUGCUGUCCUUACCAGGAUAUUCCUUCGCUGAGCACUACCGCAAGGUCAAUGGCAAGGAUCUCCCCGCAUUCACGCGGCCCACUAGGAGGGAGAUUACGGACUAUUUCAGCGCCUAUCCUGAGGCAGUUGGAAUCGAUGACGCUUUUCAAAGUAACGAGACUCUGAGCGGUAUCACAAGAACCGCGAAUGGCUUCUUCAUUGCCUCUCACAAUAUUCAUUGCAAGCAUCUGGUCUUGGCGAGUGGAAUAUUCUCGGACGUGCUGCAGCCCCUCCCGAUGCUACAACCCCUACGGUUUCUUCAGCCGACUCCGGAGAUACCGCUCCUUGUUAUAGGCUCCGGCUUCUCGGCCGCGGAUAUCAUAAUAUCCGCUCCGGCGAGCCAAAAACUUCUUCACAUAUUUAAAUGGGAUCCGGAAGAACAUCCCUCUCCACUCCGCAGCUGUCACCAGCGCGCAUAUCCGGAAUAUGCGGGGGUGUAUCGACUAAUGAAGCGAGCUGCUCUUGCCGCCGAGUCAGCUACAGCCAAGCGUCCCGUCAGACCGAAGCGGACGACAUCCUCUCCGUUCCUGGAAAGUCGUGCCUGGGAUACGGUUUACGAGGGCCUCCCAAACGCACAAGUGAUUGCAGUGGAGAUGCAAUCGAAUUCUGCAGUCGUAACUUUCCAACUGCCCGACAGAGGCACAAUAAAACGAACCGUCCGUGGUCUGGUAUAUGCUACCGGUCGUCGUGGAAGCCUUGGCUAUCUCGAUAAAACCCUUCUUUCUGAGGUUCUUGGGUGUCCAGACGGAACGGAACCAAGCCCCAUCAUAUCGGGCAAGACAUUGAGAGUGAAGGCCUUGGAGGAUCUCGAGGUCGCCAAAGACGUUUUUAUCAUUGGCAGUCUCACUGGCGAUUCUCUGAUCCGGUUUGCCUACGGCAGUUGCGUGCAGACGGCAGGUCGACUUAUAAGAGCACGUACCGGGGAUGAGAAAUCGGACUGUCGAACACCAACCUCUUCCAGACCGCAAAGCUCCUCUUUGCGUGUGAUGAACGGCAUGGAUGGUCACGAAAUCUAUCAUAACGCCGAUCAUUAUCAUCAACUGGAGAAGGUCGAUUCCGAGGCCAAGGCAAGCCCGCCCCCCACGAGUCUAGAUGGCCUAUGGAGCUGGAUGAUGAGGGUUUGGAGGUCAUAG